CUGCAAGUCUUGCAUGAAGAGGUGUUUGACAAAUGCAAAACAACACAGGCUGGAUGCUCGUGUCCCUCAGCUGUUUGCAUCACAAACGAGCCAAAAGUUGCAAGGAGGGGACUCCUGCGUACGGAAGAGACACUCUACACACGCCUACAACUUUUGGUUUUCAGCUGCAACAAUGGACGCGAUGGACAGCUCGGAUGUGGAUGCGAGUCAGGAAAGGAUGAGAGCCUACGAACAGAAGGUCUUUGUCAACAGAAGCCUGACGCUGGAAAACAUCAAAUGCUAUGGCUUUGACAUGGACUACACGAUUGCGAUGUAUAAGUCUCCUGAUUACGAAAGCCUCGGCUUUGAGCUGAUAAGAGACAGAAUGGUGUCUGUUGGAUACCCUCAUGAGAUUCUACGCUACACGUAUGACCCCAGCUUCCCCACACGUGGUUUAGUGAUCGACACCACAUACGGGAACCUCCUGAAGGUGGAUUCAAACGGGAACAUUUUAAUCUGCAGUCACGGCUUCCUCUUCGUCGAAGGGGAUGAAAUUAAAAAAUACUACCCAAACAAGUUCAUUCAAAGAGAUGACACCGACCGUUUCUACAUACUGAACACUCUCUUCAAUCUCUCAGAGACGUAUCUCUACACCUGCCUUGUGGACUUCUUCACCAGAUGCACCAGAUACACAAACCUCCAGAACGGUUACCAGCACGGCGACUUGUUCAUGUCCUACAGAAGCAUGUUCCAGGAUGUCCGAGAUGCAAUGGACUUCAUUCAUGAUAUGGGGUUACUGAAAGAUCGAACCAUCAAGAAUUUGGACAAAUAUGUUGAGAAAGAUCCAAAUCUCCCUGUGCUCUUGACCCGGAUUAAAGGAGUGGCCAAGGUCUUCCUCGCCACCAACAGUGACUACAACUACACAGAGGCCAUCAUGAAAUACCUACUUGAAAGUAAUGUUAAGACUGGAAAUCCUAAAAUAUCCUGGCGCUCCUUUUUCGACCUGGUCGUCGUUGACACCAGAAAGCCGCUGUUCUUUGCAGGGGGGACUGUGCUCAGACAAGUGGACACGGACACAGGAAAGCUCCGGAUCGGGACGUACACAGGCGACCUUCAACAUGGAACUGUGUACUCCGGAGGAUCUUCGGACAUCGUCUGUGAUCUGCUUGGUGUCAAAGGUAAGAACAUCCUCUACGUCGGCGACCACAUCUUUGGCGACAUCCUCAAAUCUAAGAAACGUCAGGGCUGGAAGACUUUUCUAGUCGUACCGGAGCUCACCAAGGAGCUGCAAGUGUGGGAGGAGAAGAAAAAUGUGUUUGAGGAGCUGAAACGUCUCGACAUCUUCUUAGCUGAGCUUUACAAGCAUCUGGACAGCGGCAGUCAAGAGUGUCCCGACAUCAGCAGCAUUAUGAUUAGAAUAAAGGUGCUGACCUACAGGAUGGAUAUGUCCUAUGGCCAGAUGGGCAGCCUCCUGCGCAGCGGCUCCAGGCAGACGUUGUUUGCAAGUCAGCUGAUGCGUUAUGCAGACCUAUACUCGUCCUCCUGCAUCAACCUGCUGCACUACCCCUUCAAUUACCUAUUCAUGGCUCCCCCAGUCCUGAUGCCCCAUGAGGCGGUGUCUGAAAACGCAGCUGAUCUGGCUUCGUCAGCUCUCACUGUCACCAACAAUGUGUUCAGGAUGAAGUGAAACUAAGUGCUGACUGAGCUGUGUCUUCUCAUGUAUCAUAUGGAUAACUCUCAGUCGAUGAAGGUGACUAUUUGCUCCCACGCUUGUAUAAAAGCUUUGAUGCAGCCAUGACGUGCCUUCUCUACAAAAACACAACAACAAUAACGUAUUGCUCCACCUAGUGGAUGUGAAUAGCUAUGCCAUGUAAAGUUUCCUCAAUGAAUGCAUAACGAAGCAUGACAAUAAGCCAACAGACUCAGGGUUACUGUAUAUAUGAGUGCAAAUAUGUCUUAAUGUGCUGUUACAUGUAGUAAUGUAUAUGCACUGUCGUUCUCAGGUUUGUGCAAUGGUUUUAAAGGAUUUAUUUAUUUGUGGUUUGUGCAACUUCCGUUGAAUUUCAAUAAAUCAUUUGUAUGAUU